AACAAACAAAAAAGUCUCUUCACUCUUCAAACCAAAAACAUAAAGCCUAUACAAAAAGUCUAUUUCUCUCUCUCUCUCUCUCUCUCACUGCCUUUUGUUGUACAGUGUAACAAGACUAGAGUUUUGAGCAAAGAGAUAAAAAUAAACCACAAAUGAAGAAGAAUCUAUGCUUUUGAUCAAGUCCAUGGAUGAGAAGGAAAACAACAAUCUUAAACCAGAAACAAGUACAGCCUUAUUCUCCGAUCAUCAGAUUCCGGCGAGUAAUAGUAAUUAUUCGUUAUCAAGCAUCUUUGAUAUGCCACCAUGUGAAACAGAAAAGGGUUCUUCUUUAAGUUUAAUAGAAACCAUGUUUGCUUCUCAUGAUCAAAUUACUACUUCUAUAUUCGAUUUGCUUCAAUCUUCACCACCACCACCACCACCACCACAACCCUUAUUGAUUAAUCCAUCUCAAGCACAUGUAGCCAAGAUUCCAUCUGAGAAUAUUGUAAAUACUCCUAAUUCGUCGUCCAUUUCUACGUCAUCAAAUGAAGCUGCACCUAAUGAUGAUCAACAGAAGACUAAAACAGUAGAACAACAACCUGAUGAUCAUCAAGACAAGAAUAAGAAACAGUUAAAGCCGAAAAAGAAGAAGCAAAAGAGGGAAAGAGAACCAAGAUUUGCGUUCAUGACGAAGAGUGAAAUUGAUCAUUUGGAUGAUGGUUUUAGAUGGAGAAAGUAUGGUCAAAAAGCAGUGAAAAACAGCCCCUUUCCCAGGAGCUACUAUCGUUGCACCACUCCAACAUGUGGUGUGAAGAAGAGAGUGGAAAGGUCAUCUGAAGAUCCUUCGAUAGUUGUUACAACUUAUGAAGGUACUCACACACAUCCAUGCCCAAUUACACCACGUGGCAGCAUCGGCAUUCUGCCAGAAACCACCGGGUACGGUGGCUCAAUUGGUGGUGUUGGUAGUACUUCCUCUUUGUUUUUCCCGCAAUUUCAUUAUCAAGUGCAACAACAACAACAACAAUCGACCUAUUUUCAGACACCAACAUUACCUAUAAACUUUACUAGUACUACUAGUGAUUCCUCCUUGUUUUCGACUACUAAUUCAUCCCAAGAGAGAAUGUUUUCGCCUUCUACGUCUUCUUCUUCCUCUUUGGCUAGAGAUCACGGGCUUCUGCAGGAUAUGGUGCCAUCACAAAUGAGGAGAGAUCCAAAAGAAGAUCAGUAGGAACUAAAAAGGGCUUUUUCUUUAUGAUCAAUUGCUGGUAUUCGGUACCCACUGACUCGACUAAUCCAAAUUCACAGCCACGUAAAGCCCAUUGAAGGAGAGAAACAUUCACUGCCAGAGGUUUCUACAUUCUUAGAGCUCGAAUACGGGACCUCUAAUUAAGGGUGGACGGGCCUCAUCCCACAUUCCCACCACACCUAGAAGUAAAGUUGUUAUCUUGAUCAACUCUAUGUAUAGCCUUGUACUAGAGCAGCUAUAUGAUAUAGUAUCAAUUAACUUGAACUUCCAUUGUACCAUGGAUCAUGUUUCAUCACUUCAUUAUUUAGUGAAGCAUUGUAGCUAGCUCAAAAAUGAUAGUGAUGACGGUGGGUUUGCUGGCUCAGUGUUCCAUUUUAAGCUAAAUCUCAAGGAGCUUUCAUCACUAGGAGGGCAAAGGAAAGGAUGUAUAUGAUGAUCACUAGGAGCAUGGCGUCAGAUCUUGUUAAAGAUUUUUAAUUAAUGCAUAGUUCAAGUACUGGAGUUGGACAGCCAUGUCCACAUGACAGUCUUUUUGCUCGAAAUGUCCACUUCAAUUCAAUACCAUAGGCUAGUUCAGGCCAAACAUCAUUUCUUGCCUACACUAUUCUGAUUCCAACUUUGAUGCUUAACCGUUCACCAAACUCUUCCUUAUAUUAAUCUCUCCACACGUUCUACUUCCUCUUCCCCAUCCUUCCAUAUUAAUUACUACUAUAUACUUCCCUAUAUCCAGCAAUCUAUUUCCAGGCAUAUAUAUAUAUGUUACAUGGUGAUUCUUCAAUUCCCCUUCACGAGAUUCUUUUUUAUUCAUACAUAUACAUAUUUGUACAAAAUUCUGAGCACGCUCCUAUUUUUGUCAGGUCAUGUGUUGUGACAAGAUCGGGGCAGGGUUUUAGAGGAGAAAACAUCAUAUAAUUCAUCAAUGCCGGAUCAGAUGAAAAUAAUUAAACAAAAAAUGACUAAUUAAUGCUGUUAUACUUAGUUACAUGUAAUUUCAAUAUUUUUUUAACUUUAAAAUCUUAAAAGCUAGCACAUGAUCAGAAAUGUUC